AUGAAAUUGGAAGCCUCUUCUUCGCCAUCAAACUAUGUCAUCUUUCAUCUGCUCCAUUUCUUCAAUUUUUUCAUUUUCUUCGUUGUCAUUCUGAUGUCUGGAUGCAGCAAGAAGAAGGCAAAGACGAGCAAGGAAAUGAGCAAAAAGAGUCAAGAGAGCUCAGCUCCAGCGAAAUCUGUUCAACAAGAGAUUCCUGAGCCACCGAAACCAGCCGAACCGGAGACUCCGAAAAAGGAAGAAGCUCCGGCACCACCGGCUGAGAAACCAGCUGAAAAACCAAAAGAAGAAUCAAAGAAAGAGGAAAAACCAAAAGACAAGUCCAAAAAGUCAAAUAAGAAAUCCAAAAAGUCGCAGAAGUCGAAGAAAGAUGGAGACGAGAAGAAGGAUGGAGAAGACGAUGGGUACGAGAACUGUGCUGAUAUGACUCCGGAUGAGCUGAAGAAGAUCGCCGAGCAAGCUGAUACCAAGAAGUAG